CCCGCGCAUGCGCCGCGCGUCGUUGGCACUCUUGGCAGUCCGCCGUCGACCAUUGCUGUCAGCUGGACGGCCCCGUCAGAUGGUGUCGUGAAUCUCGCGAAAUCACAUCGAUCGGCGCGCGACGGAGCCAGAGUCAAGAUGAGCGGUGGUAUGCCAGAGCUGGGCUCCAAGAUCAGCUUGAUCUCGAAGGCGGAUAUUCGCUAUGAGGGCCGUCUGUUCACCGUCGAUCCGCAGGAGUGCACGAUCGCCCUGGCUAACGUGCGCUCCUUUGGCACCGAGGAUCGAGAAACUCAACUCCCCGUGGCGCCGCAAAACCAGGUGUACGAGUACAUCCUGUUCCGCGGAUCGGACAUCAAAGACAUCAGAGUCGUCAACAAUGUUAGUUCCAUUCCCAACGAUCCGGCUAUCGUGCAGAUGACGGUGCAGCCAUCUAUGGGCCAGCAAUCGUAUCAGCCGCAACCCAGUUAUGCUCAUCCGAUGAUGGGCCAGAUGGGCCCGAUGGGUGGCCAAUACGGUGCCCCCUAUGGCAUGGGUAUGGGAGCCAUGGGCCCGGUAAUGGGAAUGCCGACCGCAGCUAGAGAUCCGCGCGGAGCAAUGAAUAAACAGCCAAGUGAGUUGAGCUUGGGCUCCGCUGAACCCAAUGCCAUCUCUAUCCCAAACUCACUGCCAACGGCCAAUAUCGACCCAUUACCAAAAGAUCAAUCUCUGGAAGAUGGUGUGCUAGAUCUCAUCAGUGGUGGUUCCCGAUCUACCACUCCUACGUCGUCCUUAUUAACGAGGAAAAGUCCGACCAUGGAUCAGGGUAUUCAGGUAGGACACGAACAACAGCAGCAGGGCAAUAACAUUGGCAAAUUGAAUGACAAGACAAAUAUCAGGACCGUCCAACCGCCUCGUCGAGAUCAUGACAGCCACGGUAACAAAACCAACGCGGGUAUGUCUCACAAUCAGUAUAACGAUGCGAAGAGGGACAUGAUGAAGCAAGACGGCCCCAAUCAAGGUCACAUGCAAGGUGGUCGAGGCAACCGCGGUGGUUGGGUGAAUCGUGGCAACAUGAGAGGUCGGGGAGGCCGAGGACGUGGCGGUUUCCGUAUGAAUCAGGCGAAUAACACUGGUCUCAAGGCUAAGAAUACACUGAAGUUCGAUAAUGACUACGAUUUCGAACAAGCUAACACUCAGUUUGAGGAAAUGAAGUCGCAAUUUGCGAAAGCGAAGAUCGAUGGCGGCGCAGACAGUGAAAAGAAAGACGACAGUGGAAACGAGACUGGUGCUGGUGAAGGUGAGCCUGAGGAGGAGCCGGAAAUUGUUCACUAUGAUAAGUCAAAAUCAUUCUUUGACAAUAUUAGCUGUGAGGCUAUUGAAAGGAGUAAAGGGCGAUUCCAACGCACGGAUUGGAGAACGGAACGGAAACUGAAUUCAGAAACGUUUGGCGUGGCUUCCACGAGACGCGGUGGAUUCCGCGGCCGUGGUUACUACCGUGGUAUGGGUGGUGGCAUGUACAGAGGCAGUGGCGGUGGCAAUAACGCUGGAUUUCGCGGUGGCUAUCGGGGUAGCAGGGGCGGUAAUCGCAAACCCCCUAACCAACUACAGAAUAACACGGGGAGUCAAAAUCGCGCGACCAACGAACAGUCUGCCUCAGUCGCAGGCGAUCUAAAUUAAAAAAAAAAUGUAAUUUGUCACCGGUAUGGCACGAAAAAAAAAGUAAAAAGUAAUAAAACCCGGAGGGAAGAAGCGAUGCGCUGAUAUGUAUAAGUAUACACAACCAUAGAUUAAGAUUUUUACGAUAUGUGCUCUACUGUUACGGACUGAUUUGGGUUAGAAUUUGGCAGUCGAAUCGCGUAACAAAAGAUACACUCGGCCGGAUUAAAUGUAGAUUAUAUUAUAUAACGGAGCGUGUUUGCAAUCGCCAAACCGGUGGUUAGGGGACAAGAAUCGCACAUGUGGACAUUGCUGGCGCAUAUGACUUUGCAUCGAUAUUUUGCGGCUAGAUUGAUCGGAGAAGGUACUUUUAGAGACAAAUUUUCUUACCGCUUGGUCGACAAUGAUCACGAUGAAUUGGCGUUAAAAGAAUCGAACGUUUUUGUAUCAGAAUCGAAGUCAAUUAUGAUUAAAACGUUCCUUAUUUUUUAUAUUGAUACUUAUUUAUGGAUUUCAGAUGUCUAAAAAAUUUGGGAGGAAAUUCCCUUGUGUCGGGGCUAGUCGUAAAUUUUACUUUAAAUAUAUAGUAAUAAAAUUCUCAUUGAAGAAAUCUGAAACCGCUUCGAGCAAACCAAAUGGUGUGUCCGUUCGUAGUUAGGUAAAAAAAAAAUACAAUUCAAUCGUGAUCAUUCUUCAGUCCGGUUUUCUCACGACUUGACUAUAAAAUAAUUAUGGAAUGGCUUUAUGGUGAUGGUGACUUGAUAAUACUGGUCGUUAUGGAAUAGCUGGCUUGUAUCCGUAUAUCGGAAGUGAAUGGCAACAGACGUACAUAAAAGUACUUUCUCUUCAAAGUAUGUAAAAAUCGAUAGUAUCUAAUUGCAUUUGUCGAGAAUAGGAACAUUGUGAGGUAUAGUACAAGGCAACUCUGGUAAAAAAAUUAUAUUUUUUGUUUUGGUUUUUUUUUUGAGUGUACGCAGACAAAGUUUUUCGAGUUCUCGAAGUUCAUGUAAACGUAUAAUUUUAUUAGGGCGGAUGUAAGUGGGGAAAUAAGCGAAAGCCAGUUCAUAUGAAAAAAUUUUUGUAUUAUUAAAUUGUAAUCUUACGGCAGUCCGCCUACUCUUCGCAAGAUCUGCAUUACGAAGGAUCUAGAAUUACGAAAGCUGCAAGCGUCAGUCUUAUUGUAAGUAACUAAGUUCAAAAUCAUGUUGCAUAAUUGUCAUCGUGUUCUGCAAUUAAGGAUUCCUCGAUUGCUCCGACACAGAAUAGUUUGCAUUGGUACAAUUAUAAGUUUAUGUUAUAAUCAGUAAUUAUAUCAAAUACAAUGUAUGUAAUGCUGUUAUGAGUUUUUUUUAAAUACUUGUAAUUACAUCUUGUCGCUUUGUUUCUUUUUUUCUGUUCUGUGAACUCUAAAACUAGUAUAAUGCCUACGUAUGUACAAAGUAACGUUCUUAUUUGACAUACAUGUAUACAAUAAGAAAAUAUUUAAAUAAUAAUUUAUUAUUAAGUGACAAUUUUCCACUAGAAUGUUAUGUAAAAUAACGACUAUACAUGUAUAUUCAAGUAAAAGUAAUUGGUUCUAAUCUUGAAACAAGAACGAUACUUUGUAUGCAAGAGAAGACCUAAAUGUGGUCGAGUCAUAUAAAAUCAAAAGCUCAUGACGAGGAUUUUCAAAGUGUUAAUAAAAACAAUUCACUUGUAAUUGAAUUGUAAAUGGACUAUUUACGCUCUCGAAGAAUCCUUUUAGGUGCACGACGACACUGCGCGUAGAAUUGUGUUACAUGGCGAAUGGUGUAAGACUAAAAGCAUGAUAAUGUCCUUAAAGAUAUAAGACGUGAAACAAACAGAAUAAGAACAUUAUUUGCGACUAUUAUUUUUCUAUGGCUCACACGGAGUCCCCAACUCGUACAGAUAUUACAUACACACAUAAACACAUAACGUAACUUGAGAUUUACAUAACUGGUAAGCAAACCUCCAAUAGGCUAUCAGAGAAAAUGCAGUGAGAAGAAGUAAAAGGAAACAUAGGACUAUGAAACGAAAUAAGCGGGAAUAGAAAUGAAAGAAAAAGAUGCAGGGAGUAAAAUUUAACUUUUAAGUUUCAUGCCUGAGAGCAUGUGAGAGCAAUUCAUAAUGUACGCGAGAAUGGAUUUUUGUUUUGUACAGCGGAUAUAUUGUGAUUCCCGAUACUGAAUAAUACUGAAAUGAUGAAAUAACACGUCGUCGUGUCAUUUCCGAUCUCCUACACACUAUUUUCCAAUGAUCAGAAUGAAACGGGACAUUUUCCCGCCAAGUUGUAAUCUCGUGAAAUUGUAUAAGGCAGAUCGUCCUUUCCCGCGCUACCCCUUCGAUGAGUGUGCAAAAAAAAAUGCGACGAAAGAUAUGACGAUUUAAAUGCUAGAUUGCGCGAAUUUGAAAAAGCAACUCGGAGACGCGAGAGCUGUUGUGCAGUUUCGAGAAAAAAAAAGAUGUACUCGGAUGUAAAUAAAAUUAUAUAACGUCUUUAAUAGGAACUCGAAAACAUGUGUUGUUGGUAAGACUAACGUGCGUCUGGCGAUACCAAAGUGUGCUGCGCAUUACAUGUGUGAUUAGAAUGUGUGUAGAGAGAAAAAAAAAA